GUCUCUUAACUCUCACAAAACUGAUCAACUGUCUCGGCUUUAAGGCUAGUAAUUAAGAAUCCUCUGAUUCGAAGGCCUUUACUGCUUUUUGAGGAGUUCACAAUAUGACGCGUAGGCUGUAACAGCAGUUAACAGCAUUGCUCAAGUUUUCCAGGACUUUGACUCAGUGUAUAGUGGAUACUUAUCCCUGACCAGUGACCACAACCCCUUGAUCUUCUCCCACUGUUUAUGUUUGGGAAAGAAAUUCCUCCAGUCUCAAAUCUUUAAAUCGCAUGUAAUCUGCCAACCUUUGUUAUCCUCGCCGCACCUCCUUUUCCCCACUCCCUCGCUUUCCUGAUUUCUCAACAUCUCUCUUGUUCUGAUCCUGAUCUUAUUGUUUGACUUAUUGAAGACUUAUUUUCCUCUUUAUUAUUUGUGCUGGGGAGACUUCAUAUAUUUCCCUCCUACUCUCACUAUAUUUUCCUCUCUGUCUCCCACCCUCCCUCUUUCUAGUUUGCUUUCAUUGCCGUUUCCUUCCCAGGCUGAGAGUUCUCCUCUUUUCCCAGGCUCUUUGGCUGAAAGCAGCAAAGAUAACGUUGACUGUUUUCACUUCAGCACAAGGCAAAGACUGCUGCUCCUAAGGACUUUUGGACGUUGACUGCACUGCUAAAGGAGGGGUCGGAGACACUCUUCCUCAAUUCAACACGCUCAGGCUUACACACGCACGCACGCACGCACGGGACGGACAAGAUGAUCCUGAACUCACGCCAAAGGAAAGCAGGGAUUAACACUGAGCUUUUGUUUUGAACUGUGUAAAUAAUGAUUGCUUCCAUUCUGGCACUGCUGCUCUCUUUAACAUUUAAUGUGAAACAGCUGUUUUAAAAACGGAGAAAACAAGUUUCCUGAAGUGCAGGUUACUGAUGCCAACAGCUACAAGCAGAUAUAGGGUAUGGUCAUAAUCUGAUUGCUCUUAUAGCCUUUUAAAAAGGUGUAAUGCCUGUCGGCCAUAGGUGUACGCUCUCAUUAAAUGUACUGGGGGCCUAUACUCCCAAUGCUUUGUGUCCGUGGUAUGAGGCGUCUUCUGUAAAAAAAAUUAGAUGGUUACUCCCUCUCUCCAGUUGCAUGCUUUCUCCUGGUCAUCUGACCCCUCCUCUUAGAUGUGUCCAGUUGAGUGAGAGUCCAAGAACUGCGACCAAUGGGAAAGGAGUUGGACGUCUGUAUUCACAAUACAUGAAUCUGUCAAUAAGAAAAGCUGAUUCAAUCUCUACUAUAUGAUAUGUUACACUAUAUUACAUGUUCUUUUUCUGCUCUCAUUUCAUAUCAUCAUUCUUUGAAGGAUAUUUCCACUCAUUUCAGCACAUAGCAUUUAUGGGUUCAAGUGUUUGUGUUAUUAGAUUUCCUUGUCGUUUAUGUAACCUUUGCGGUAUGGUGCUUUUCCUAUCAUCUGCAGAACAAAUCAAUGAACUCCAUAUCUAUUUAUAAACUCACGGAUGGAACACUAUGUGGAUCCCCUUGAAAAGUCAGUUCUAGAGAAAAUUGUAUCAAGUAGAAAAUGUAUUUUCUAUUCCUUUAUGUUGACAGAGAAUGUUUCUCCUCUACAUAGUAGCAUUGAAAUGAAAUCACUCCAGCUAUGGCCCCUCCUCCUCCUCCUCCUCCCCGUUCUACUGGUCAACUUCUCCAACCAAUUAGAAGACAACAAGAUACCGCCCAGUCUGUGUACGGGACACCCAGGUAUCCCAGGCACCCCUGGGUUGCACGGAGGUGCUGGCCAACCAGGAAGAGAUGGGAGGGACGGGCGUGAUUCUGCCCCUGGGGAGAAGGGAGAGAAGGGAGUCGGGGGAGAGCCAGGUGACACAGGCUUUAGGGGCCUCACUGGAGACCAGGGGAACCCUGGAGAUAAAGGAGACAGGGGGCAGUCGGGGGAGUGCGCCAUCGCUCCCAAAUCAGCCUUCAGCGCGAAGUUGUCCGAGGGCCGCACCAAGCCCGUGGCGGCGGAAGACGCUGUGCGCUUUGACAAGGUAAUACUCAACGAGCAGGGCGACUACGACAUGGAAACAGGACGCUUCACCUGCAAAGUGCCCGGCGUCUACUACUUUGCGGUCCACGCCACCGUCUACCGGGCCAGCCUGCAGUUUGACCUGAUGAAAAACGGUCACACGAUGGCGUCGUAUUUCCAGUUCUAUGGGAACUGGCCCAAGCCAGCGUCUUUGUCCGGGGGCUCGCUGCUGCACCUCAUCCCGGGCGACCAGGUGUGGGUACAGAUGGCAUUGGGAGAGUACAGUGGUUUCUACUCCAGCUCUAAGACUGACAGCACUUUCACUGGCUUCUUGGUGUACUCAGACUGGAAAAACUCUGCUGUCUUCGCCAAGGGCGAAGGGGUAUAGACAUUGGGGGGGACCAAGUUUAGUAUGGGGGCUGGGGGUCCUGCCUCAGAAAAUAUUUGAACAUUUUAAACAAAUUUACUGCCAUUCUACAUGAUUCGUGGCUUCUUUAGAAGGAAACUCUGGUCUUUGCAUAAACACAGUAAGCAAUAGGCUAUGGCACAUACCAUACUGAUGAGUUGGGAUGAUGAAUCAGGUGAACUGUCGUGCUUUCAGCUGUGCUUCGGGUUAGCCAUUUGACUGCUGCUGUGCGAUGGUGAAUCGUUUUAACAGACGACCUGACGGUGGCCCUACACCGUUUUUGAUCUACAUGCAUCAUCGUUUUUUUGCCUUUACAAACAAGGACAGGGGUUUAAAUGAGACAUGUUGGCUCCUGCAGUUGGUAGGAAUUAGCAACAUAAGAAGGUUAUAUAUCCAGUUUAGUGGUGGAGAGGUAAAGAGGAUUCAAGAAGGCAUCAUACAGGUAUGUGAGUUGUUUAGGACUUCCAACUGUGACAUCACUGACUGAUGUCAUGGUACUUACAGUAUUUUGUGAAGAAAAAAAAAGAGUUGUAAAGUAUUCAAACGGAAGCCCUAAAAUAGGCUUUUCACAAUCUUUUAACGUCUCUGUCUGUGCAGCCCUCAGUUAUGUCACCAAUAAAAAUGUCAACUCUCA